UCAGGGAUGGUCAUUUCUGGUCCAUGAACAUCAAAGCUCUAAUGGAAUUAACAUCAUGGAUGACUUAGAAAGAACCAAUUUCACGUGUGCGGAUGAAGAAAGACAAUACUGGAAAAGUCUGGCUAUGAAAUACAGGAAAUGCUCUGAGGAUGCACAGGAAGAGCUGCAAGAAUUUCAGGAGGCCAGUCGUGAAUAUGAAGCGGAGUUAGAAGCCCAGCUUCAACAAACUGAAGGCAGAAACAGAGACAUUAUCUCUGAAAAUAACAGAUUGCGAAUGGAGCUAGAGUCCAUUAAGGAAAAGUAUGAAGAGCAUCAUUCUGAAAACUACAUCCAGAUUUCAGCUUUGGAAACAGAACUCUCUCAAACCAAGUCGGUUCUCGAACAGCUGCAGAAAUACAUCCGUGAACUGGAGCAAGCCAAUGAUGACUUGGAAAGGGCAAAAAGAGCCACAAUAAUGUCAUUGGAGGAUUUCGAGCAGCGGAUGAAUCAGGCUAUUGAGAGGAAUGCAUUCCUUGAAAGCGAACUUGAUGAAAAGGAAAAUCUCUUGGAAUCGGUGCAGAGGCUGAAGGAUGAAGCUCGGGAUUUAAGGCAAGAGCUGGCUGUACAACAGAAGGAGAAGCCCAAACCCAUUAUAGGUGACAGCCCUGAUGCUGGUAGAAUUGACACCGCAGUCCAAGCCUCUAUGUCUGUACCAUCAACACCAGUGGGUCACAGAGGAAGCAUCUCUGGACUGAGUUCACCAAUGCUGUAUAGAACAAGUUUUGAUGAUGGCUACAGUGGUACUCCCCUUACAUCAUCUGCCCGGAUAUCGGCGUUGAAUAUAGUGGGUGACCUCCUUAAAAAAGUUGGGGCUUUGGAGUCUAAACUGGCAUCUUGCAGAAAUUUUGUAUACGAACAGUCCCCCAACAGACCGAUUGCUCCCUUGUCAGCUCGUGUAAACAAGGCUAGAGAAUGCAAUGAGAACAGACUGAAUAUGUCACCCAGUGAGAAGGGAUUAAAUAAACGACUGGAGUUUGGGCCAUUGUCCCCAAAAAUAUCUGGACAGGGGAUGCAUUCACCUCAAGGUGUAGUGAAGAUGAUACUUUAGCCAGUUUGGAUUCUAGGACUAUUGACUUAUUAAGUUCUAACUGCUUUUUAACAUGGACACUAAUAAAGAAAAUGGGUUUAUUUGAGAUGAACCCUUUGCAUCCACACCAUGCACUCGUGACGUUCAGCACUCAUUAUGCUUGUAUUUAACUUGAAGGAUUAUUGUCUGCGGUAGACUACCACUGUGAGUUCCAGCCUUUGUUUUAUGUUUCUAAUACCACAACUGUAAUGUACAUUACUUUAAGAUAGGAUUUCGCUGUACACUAGUAUCCUUUUACCCGAAUGUUAACUCUGUCUGCGAAUUAUCCGAGCAGAUGCUGUAAUGCCAAUCAGAACAGCUUUCCAAUUAUUUGUAAACGGCAAAAGGGUAUUUACAUUUUAAAGGGCUGCUCGUUUAUUUUAUUUUUUUCGUUUUUUUUAAAUCUAUAUUUGUUUUGGUGCCUUAUGCUGGCUAAACAGUCCCUUCAAUAUCAGCACAGGUUUUACCUUCUAAAAUAUAGUGGC